AUGCCUUAAUUAUUUAUAGCAAUUGAAAUAUUAGUUUUGGGAAGCCUUUCAAUAAUUGGAUGCUCUUUUGUAAUAUUUUGUUAUUUGAAAUUUAAUGAAUUGAGAACAGAUCAAUUAAAGAUAGUUAUACAUAUCAUAAUAUAUGAUUUGAUAUAAUAGGUGUUAUUAUUUUCCUCAGCAGUGGCUUUUUUGAUAAUAGACUAAUCAGAAUUUUAAUUAAUUGCUUAUCCCAUUAUAUGUUAUGGUUAAGCUACCUUAUUACAAUUCUCUUUAUUAUCUAGCACAAUAUGGACAACUUUAAUUGCAAAUAAUCUUUAUAGAACUGUAAAAUAUGGAGAUCGAAAAUAUCAUAGAAUGGCUUAUUUGACGAUAGGAUUUUUAUUUCCUUUAUUAAUGUCAUUAUUGUAAAUAACUAUCAUUAUGAAGUGAUCAAGACCAUUUGCCUUUGAUGCAUACGGUGUUUCAGCAAUAUUUCCAAUGAGCAUGUGUUCAUUUAAUUCAAAUAAGUCAGAAAUAAAAUAUUUAAUUUUGGUUUUUCAAGAUGUACCAAUAUGGACAACUUUUGUUUAUAAUGCAGUUAUCUUUACUUUGGUAAUAAAGGAAUUAUAUGAUAAUCUUGGUAGUAAAUGUAUAGCUGAAAAUAAAUAAAUAUUUUUAUUGUUUUUGUAUCCAUUUUUGGUAGCAGUGUGUUGGGGAAUGGUAAAUAUAAAAUAAUAAUAGGUUAGCCAGCAAUGAUAAAUCAAUUUAAAGUUGAUGCUAGAAUUUGGCCAAUAAUUUCAUUUGGAUUUGGAAGUUUGAUAGGAUUAUUAGAUUCAUAUUUAUAUUGUUAUUUAAGUUUGGUAAGGCGUUUAAAAUGGGUAGGUUUUAGUUUAGAAUUAAAGACAGAGUCAAUAGAGAUGGCUAGAUUAUAAUGA